AUGGUGUCCUAUAACAUUACUCGUGAAGUGGAGCGGCUACUCGAAACAUACAAAUCGUCUCCGCCUUCCUUCAUAGUGAAGCUGGAACGCCAACAUUGGUAUGUGAACGAGAACAAGUUCACAUACAACCACCAACUCGCGCCUUUGUUAGAUGACAUUCGGGCGCAGCGCAUACCUGUGGAUUUCUUGGAGCUUUUCGACUCUGUCGGACUUCCCUUCUACGAUGGAUGCAUGAUCGUGGAACUUCAUGAUUUUCGUUCCCCAACAAGGGCCUCAGAUAAAGACAUCAAGGAGCCCGUUAAGACACGGGUGGUCCUCAGUCCGAACGGAGAAACUCUCUGGGCAGAUAUCUGUCUUCUGAACCAGAAGACGGGCAAUACAUGGACAGGCUAUGAUGCAUUGGAAGUUGAAGCUCGUCUCUUGCUGGCAACAUCGCCGCCCCUAUGUCUCGAUCCUGAUCCUCACUUAGCCCGUGUAGCAAAUAAUAUCCUGAGGACAUCAAUACCUACCCCUCCGCUGUCCUUGAAGCGGAAGGCCGGUGCUGCAGAGCUGGAAGAAGACCCGAGCGGGAAGGCACGUCGGGAAAAACUGAUGCAAUACAUGAACCCUCGAACUGGCAAUGGUGUUCCAAAUUAUGGCAUAUUGGAUGCCAUACGGCGCACGAACAUGGCAAGGCAGAUACCGGCAGCAGCCCCUCCGCAUCCUGCCACUAUUCCUACAAUGCCCGUGCAGGUACCAGGUGCCCCUGUACAAGUACAGGGGGUUCCGGUGCAAGCACCAGGAGUGCCCGUGCAAAUGGCCGUAGCGCCAAGCCAGGUGCCAACAGCUGUACCGACGCCUGCUCCCGCACCUAUGCCGACCCCGACACCUACCCCGGCGCCUUCGCUCGCACCAGGUUCAGCAGCUUUCUCACAUACAACACCGGUAUCUGCUUCCACUCCCGCUCCCACGGUCACUACUCCACCUGUAAACGUAGAAGCAAAGAAGAAGGCGAAGAAAACGGAAGCAGCACCAUCGCCUCGUGUGACGAGGACCUCGGCAACACCUGGAACAACUUCAGUUCCACUACCUAUACCACCACAUUUACAAACAUAUCCAGCCCACUUCCAAGCUCAUAUACGAACUCCGCCGCCGCCAUCACAGUCUCCUCAUCCAGCAACCCCCUCAACUCCCGGACGUAGUUCUACCGGAGUGGAGACCCGACCACCUUCAAGGUUGCAACAAUUGCCGACCCAAACGAAUCAGCAUAUACAGCCUGUACAACCCCAGCAACAUGCAGCUCCGACACAGCCUCAGCAAGCCAUUGCCGCCUAUCAGCCUCACACACCCGCAGCCAACUACAUCGCGCAAGCCCCUUACGGCAAGAAAAAGGCUGCACAGGCCGCACAGCCAGGGACAGUCCCAUCACAACCUCAAGCCAUCCCUUACGCUCAAAUCAUGUACCACUAUUCGACCUACCAGCACCAGCAGCAACAGGUUGCUGCCGCACAGCAACGCCUGCAGAGCGCAACGCCAGUCGCGCGCAGUCCUAUGGCUGCUAGUCAGCAAGGCACUCCCCAACGCAGCAGUCCGCUGGUCACAAACCAGCCCCCGGUUGCCCGGUCGCCGAUGCCUACCGCCGCGCAACAAAGUGCGCAAGCGACUCACGCACAGCAGCAACAUAUGUACAACUAUGCCCUACAAGGCCAGUACGGCCCCGCUGCGCACAUGCGUCCCAUGGCGCAUCCUCAGAUGCAACAUCAUAUAGCGGGCGGCGGUGUACAGGCUGGCGGUGCGACAGCGCUGCAGCAAGGGGCGCAGAUGACCAUCCAGGAGCAGACGCAGGCUGCACAGGCGCAAAUGCUCGCUCAGUACCCACAGCUCUACGCGAACUACCCGCAUAUGCAAGGCAGGGUGCCUUACUGGCCCAUGGGUGUUGCCAGUGGGCGAGGUGCACCUGUUCCAAAUCAAGCCGCUCAGAUGGCGCACGUGCAGCAGAUGCAGCUCGCCGGGAACAAGGCCGCACAAGGAGGAAUUCAAGGAUCAUGA